AUAAAUAGGUUUGCUUUGUUGGUCCUGCGUCAGUGAUCGCGAUGGGAUACAGUAGUGUGGUAGUGAGCGUGCUGGCGCUUUCAGCGCUGGCGGCGGCUGUGCCGUCAAUACGAGACAAUUCUUUGGACGCUGGGGAGCGAGUGGUCCUCGUUUCGCCGGUUUUGGCCCCGCCCCGGGACUCUAGGACGCACGACACGACGAGGUCAAGGCAGUUCCCAAUACUCGUACUCCUUGCUCAGGCAAACCCGCAGUAUGCGCGACUGGAGCCCGAGGCUAAGUCCUUAAAAGGAAACCCGAAGCCUAUUUACGUUCAGAAACUUGAAGAUCAAGAGCAGCCUGGAACAUUGAACAGGCAGAAACGUCACUUGCUGAAGAAGAAACUCUUAGGUCUGGGAGGAGGAGGCAUCUCCUUCGGUGGUGGAAUUGACAUCGGUGGUUUUGGCGGGGGUCAUGGGGGUGGCUACGAUGGGGGCUACGGAGGUGGCUACGGAGGGGGCUACGGAGGAGGCUACGGCGGUGGCCACGGGGGCUACGGUGGCGGCUACGAAGAACCAUCCAAAACAAUCAUUGUUAAAGUGGUGAAAGAACAGGGUCAUGGUGGCGGCCAUCACCACGGUGGCGGCUAUGACGGCGGUUACGGUGGUGGAAACGGAGGCUACGGAGGCGGCGGCGGCUACGGAGGUGGCGGCGGCGGUGGCUUCGGAGGCGGCUUCGGAGGUGGCUACGGAGGCGGUGGCGGCGGAGGCGGCGGCGGCGGCGGUGGCUACGGAGGCGGCGGCGGCUACGGCGGCAAUGGCGGCGGCUAUGGAGGCAAUGGCGGUUACGGAGGCAACGGAGGUUACGGUGGAAAUGGAGGAGGUUACGGUGGACAUGGCGGAUGCGGUGGUGGAUGUGGAGGUCAAGGCGGCUAUGGAGGUGGUACCGCCACAGCAACGGCUACCGCUACUGCCACGGCUACUGCUAAUGCCGGUGGAUAUGGCAAGAAACGCUAACUUCGGAGUACUACCAACAUGAAAAGCAGUAGUGUAUCGAAGUGCAAUGUACAAGCUGUGAUUAUACGGUGACCGGACGAUAUUCGCUACACACCAAAUAGCUUUAAUUACAACCUAUUCUAUAUACAUGUAAUUAUAGACAAGUUAUUGAACAACAAUUUACUUAAUGUACUUGAGAAAAUUCAUUGUGAAAUUACUAGUUUGUGAAUCAAUAGACCAACUUAACUUUGUUUUGACUUUCCUUUCUGAAAAUUCUGUGAGAAGGUUUAUUCAGGUGUAAAUGUUUCGAUAUAGUCAAAUGUUUUGUUAUAUUACUUUUUCACUAUUACUUAAAGAUGCCAUAAUAUUAGGUAAGAGUCAAACUGUUGAUUAUCAGCUUCAAGUAAUAUGUUGUUAGGUAUAACUUCUGCCAGAAAAACCUAUUGUUACAUGCAUAUACUUGUAAUAUUGAUAAGUGAUCGAAAUACAGUUUUUUUUUUACUUA